UGACAUUUAAAAAACGGGUGACAUAAUCAUAAUAAAAAAUACGGAAUACAUUUUUUCACAAAAAUGAGUCUUCAGGUUCAAAAAUUAUUUUCUGCAGCAAAAUCAGGUUCGAAAUUCGUACGGCCUGGACUGCAAAAUAUACGAUGCUCAUCCAGUGAAGCAAAAUCGAAAGAUUAUGUGUGCGUUAGUAAAGUAGAACCGAGUAUGGAAUUCGGUGCUAUGACAGAUCGUGCGGCUCAAACCAUGUUCUUCACCGAACUAUUCAGAGGGUUCGCAGUCACCCUAGGUCACAUUUUCAAGGAGCCCGCGACCAUCAACUACCCCUUCGAGAAGGGGCCGUUGAGUCCCCGAUUUAGAGGCGAGCACGCCUUGAGGCGGUAUCCCUCAGGAGAAGAAAGGUGCAUAGCUUGUAAAUUGUGCGAAGCCAUUUGCCCAGCUCAAGCUAUAACGAUCGAAGCCGAAGAAAGAGCCGACGGUUCGAGGCGUACAACUAGAUACGAUAUCGAUAUGACUAAAUGCAUUUACUGCGGCUUCUGUCAGGAAGCCUGUCCUGUCGAUGCCAUCGUCGAAGGCCCCAACUUCGAAUUCUCCACGGAAACUCACGAAGAGCUUCUGUACAACAAGGAAAAAUUGCUGAACAACGGCGAUAAGUGGGAAUCGGAAAUUGCUGCUAACAUCCACGCAGACCAUCUGUAUCGUUAAUUAAUUCCCGCUAAAAUAAUUUGUAAAAAGUUGUAGAUUAUAUUAUUUAA